AUGAUCACCAUACGCCCAACUGGAGGAGCCCUCCUUUGGCUCCUUUUGAUCUCCUUCUGCUUUAUAUUUACCAGUGCCAAUGCACAAGAUUGCAGUGCUUUGAACACAUGCGCUACUGGAUGCUGCAACAAAGGCGGAUACUGCGGAAUCGGUGAUGAUUACUGCGGUUCCGACUGCGUUGCGAAUUGUGAUUACGAGCCAGAAUGCAGUGUCUCGAAGCCCUGUGCAAGUGGAUGUUGCAACAGCUAUGGCUAUUGUGGUCUGGGACCAGACUUUUGUGCCGAUAAGGUUUGCGUGGGAAACUGCGACAGCAAGGCAGAAUGCGAUCCCGGCAAAUAUGGUGACUAUGCGGAAUCUUCCAAAUGUCCAUUGAAUGUCUGCUGCUCGAAGUUCGGCUUCUGCGGCACUACCGAGGAAUUUUGUGGCAAGACAAAAGUCAAGCGCCCUUCCUGUGACAAAGACGGAUCUCUCAAUCGAGUCGUAGGGUACUACGAGGGUUGGAGUCCUUCACGUCGCUGUAAUACGUUCUACCCCGAACAAAUCCCCGUGGGCAUCUACACACACUUGAAUUAUGCUUUCGCAUCGAUCGAUCCAGAUACAUUCGAGAUCGUCGCGGCCACCGAGAGCGAGAAAAAGCUGAUGACGCGCUUGACAGAUCUCAAGAAGGUCGAUCCCGAUCUCAAAGUCUUCAUUGCCGUUGGUGGCUGGACUUUCAAUGAUCCUGGAGCCACCCAAACUCUGUUCUCGGAUCUCGCUGCGUCGGAAAGCAAUCAGAAGAAGUUCUUCAAGUCCCUCCAGAGUUUCAUGUCCACAUACGACUUUGAUGGGAUUGAUCUUGACUGGGAGUAUCCCGUGGCGGAUGACCGUGGCGGUCAAAAGAAAGAUUUCGACAACUUCCCCAAGUUCUUGGCCAAUUUGAAGAAAUCCCUCAAGUCUACUGGUGGCCGCGAUGGAGUCAGCAUUACACUGCCCGCUUCUUAUUGGUAUCUUCAACAUUUUGAUAUCGCAAACCUACAAAAACACGUCGACUUCUUCAACAUCAUGACCUAUGAUAUGCAUGGAAAAUGGGACUUGGGCAGUGAAUGGGUUUCCCCUGUGCUCGACUCUCAUACCAACCUAACAGAGAUUACCAAUGCUCUCGAUUUGCUCUGGCGAAACGACAUCAAGUCUGAUAAGGUCGUCCUGGGUCUUGCAUUCUACGCUCGAGUAUUCACUGCUGCUGACCCGAGCUGCAUGGAGCCUGGUUGUUUGUUUGUUUCCGGUGGAAACGCUGGGAAAUGCAGUCAAGAAGUUGGCAUCUUACUGAAUUCUGAAAUUAUGGACAUCAUGGAUAAGCAGUCCCUACAGUCCACGCUGGAUAAGGAGGCUGCCGUGAAGAUUCUCAAAUUUGACGACAACCAGUGGCUUACCUACGAAAAUUCAGACACGUUUAAGCUGAAAGCCGACUUUGCCCGAAGCCAAUGCCUUGGUGGUGUGAUGGUGUGGGCGGUUUCCCAUGAUUUACCCCAAGGUAACUUUUCCCGAGCUCUUGGAGAUGCCGUGGGCCGAGAAGUGAAGUCCCUUGUCAACAGCGGUGAAUUAGCGUCAAUGGAGGUCAAAAAGACCCAUCCGCAGUGCAAGUGGACGAAUUGCUUCGACGAUUGCCCUAGUGGAUGGUCGCGGGUUCGCCGUACAGAUGACGGUGCCCGUGAAGGCGAGCACAUGUGGGAUUCUACCGCAUGUAGUUUUGGACAGCAUACGUUCUGCUGCCCUCCUGAUGCCGAACUUCCCAAAUGUGGAUGGUAUACCCAUAACAAUGGCAAAUGCAAUUCGGAGUGUCCUUCUGGCUACACUGAGAUUGGAUCCAACAUACAAUACUGUUCUAACGACUUUAACGACUACCAAGCUGCUUGUUGUACAACUGAAACUCCCAGUAUGAAACUUUACUCCAAGUGUGACUGGGCGGGAAAACCACGGAAAUGCGACGAGGAAUGCCCUAGUGGCAAGUCCGAGGUGGCUCUGUCAACUACCGGCAGUGGUGGUGUAUACUGCGACGUUACUUCUUUCAAAUACACAAUGAACGGCCAAGAGGGCACAAGUUGGGAGGAACGCAGCUACUGCUGUAGUGAGGAAGACGAUGUUGAAUGGAGUAAAUGCGAAUGGCGUGAUGACAUUGGCCUGAUGCUCGACAAAAGCUAUGUUGACGGUUACUGUCUCCCCGGCUGUCCGGAUGAAUACGUGCGUGUCGCUAUUGAUCAACACGGUGGUGGUUGCAAAGGCGACGGUGGCCGAGCCAAAUGCUGCUUGCCAAAAUAUUCAACAGUCAGCAAGAGAUCAUACACCACGCGGGAACAGAGUCUUGAUGACUUGAUUAAAGGGUUCAUGGAUGAUCCGAGUUGUGGAGCGGACGAUUACAACUUGAAGAGGGAUCUCGCGGGCUUUGAAUAUUCUGCGGGAAAUACCUCUUUGUCCGAUCUGUCUGGUACUCGAACUCCAACAACACUUCAACGCCGCUCAACAACCAAACAGCUAGAUGCUAUCUAUACUGUUGCAUACGCCCUUGCUGUGCAGUUUACAGUUAAUGCAGCCUACGAAGAGAUCUGGAAAAAACGUGUGCUGCCAUCAUACCCACAUCUUACAGUCAAGGCUAUUCGCAAUUACCUGACUACGUCUGAGGACUGGGCUGAAGGAGGUAUAAGUUAUAAACUAGAGAAGGUUCUUUGCGCCCCAAGCAUCUUCGACAGCAAGUUUGCAGAAAGAAGCAUUGUCUCCUGCGCAUGCGAAACAAGCGAUUGCUGCGAUGCAAACGAUCCGGAUUCCUGUUCGGACCUUGACGGUGAUGAUGAUGAUUCUACUGCUCUUAGCAAAAGAGUUUUAGAUAAGAGAGCCUCGAGAACGUUCGAUGUCGAUUUAUCAGACGGUGGAGCGCAUGCUACGAUCACUUCUUGGACGUAUAUCGUGCGUGGCAACAUUCGAGGAAAUAAUCCCAUCUUGGAUGAAGGUUAUACCUACGAUGACGCUGAGGACUGCCUCAAUACUCAAAUCGCUUUGAUGUCAGUUUCGAUGGCGAAUAUCGGAAGAUAUCAGGUCGAACAUGUCGUUGAGUUGAACACCGUUGCCUUUUUCCUGAGAGAUGCAGCCAAUGGGGUCCUCAGGUCUGGUGGUGUGAUGAGACUCGGUCGAAUUUCAGUGACCUUCGUUAGACAGGCUCUGAUGGCGCCAGUUCUUACCAACCCACCAGUAAUGGCUGGUGCCGACCAAUCCUUGACUCCCAUGACCCGGAUUAUGCAUGCUUUGGGUAGCCUGAACAACCAAGCUGAUUUCAACCUUUUGCUUAAUCGUUUGAACAACUUAAAAUCCAGGCUCUGGCUUUCAAAAACACUCGUCGCUGAUGAAAAAAUGGAGAAAGCAAUCUCAGCCGAUGACCCGAAUCGCGCAUUGAUACAUCUCCGCGAGCCCCUCACUAUUAUUUCCUACCUCAACCAUCUCAGAGUCCAGCCUGACAUGAUCGACACUUUUAACACAAUUCACGUGGAAUUCGGUCGAGCAGAUACGUACUGGGUGAAUGCUGGACAUCCAAACCCGCAGUCGCAAGCCAGAUGGGAUGAAUGGGUUCCUGACUUAUUAGAUAGUGCCACUCAGAAUGUUCGCACGUUUGUUGAAAAUUGGGGGGAUCAGAUGUAUAGGUUUUGGGCAGUCCGGACUGGUGAUAACGUUGCGCAAACGCUCGAGAUCAUUAUGACUUUGCGAAGACAGGCUAAAACUGCGAGGAUUAAUCCGAAUGGCCUGGAUUGA